GCCUAUGUCUAACAAGUAAAGCUUGAAAAGUAAAAUUGACGUUAGCAUAUGUCGUAUCUGUAUCGCAAAAUCUUUCGAAUAAUGAUAUUAAACAGAUCGAGGAUUGAUGUACGAUGAGGCGGAAGUAGUCGUCUUUUCGCUAAAUGUAUGAAGAUGUGAUCCGCCGCGAGAAGCGUCGAUACAGGGAUGCUGGAUGGGACGGACCUGACACGAGCUCCACCCAUAAGCCUGCGCUCCGCCCUCGUGAAAUUCAUUUAACCCAGAGGGACACCUCGGACUCGCGACUAGUUAGAUCGACUCUUUCGACAUUGGUGUUACUCUCCAUCACAAUCGCGAUGCAAGCUGGAAUUGUUCUUCAAGUUAUUUGUUCCCCAAGUCAAUCUGUCAUUUAAUCUCGCGGUAGUGUCGGAUUACUUUUUCACGUGCAACAUGCCGAUGUUAACGUAUAGUGGCUGCGGUAUAGGAGCUGCAGAGGCCGAAAAUGGUUCCCCAGCAGGAUCGUUACUGUCCGGCGAAGGAGAGCUCGCGGAAGAAGCCGGCGAUUCGCCCGGAACAUCGAGGGAUACUGAGGAGGAAGCCACGCUUUCCGACGAAUUUUACUCCCACGACACAGAUGAGGAUGAAGAACAAAGUAGACGACGGCGGGACCGUUCCGGUUCUCUAGACGGCAUCUCAUCUUCUGGCGGUCAUUUAGGAUCGCCCACGCCGCGUGUAGGCACCUUAGGAGUUAGAAAAUUAUUCACUAACAGUCGUGAACGAUGGAGGCAGCAGAACGUGAGCGGUGCUUUCGCCGAACUUCGCAAGUUAGUGCCGACUCAUCCACCUGACAAGAAAUUGUCGAAAAACGAGAUUUUAAGGAUGGCAAUAAGGUACAUAAGAUUAUUAAGCAAUGUUCUGGAAUGGCAAAAGAGUCAAGAUCGUAAUGGGAUGCAGCAACACGACAUCCGUAUCAAAUGCGAGUCGCAUUUGAACAACCAAAUCUCCGCCACAUAUCACGUGAAGCCUACCGUGACGUUUCUGAAACAGGAGAAGCUGAGUAACGAAAAUUCUCAUGUUUUUCGUGUUAAUUAUGCUGCGCAGAGGCAUAGUUCGCUCACGUGCGACAAAAAUGGCAGUAAUUUGCUGAUGAUCGCCCCGAAUGGACUCAACGCAGCUAUUUCCGCCGGCAAACGCUGCGUCACACCCUCCAUCGUCGUUACUCAAAACAACUUCCACAGCAACAGCAAUGGAAAUCUUAUACGUUCUCCAUCGAACGGACGGUCCUCGAGUUUUCCAAAAUCACCGCAAAUCUCAUCGAACACUAGCAUAGUAGCUAAUGGCUCUUCUUCAUCUUUGACGGGUAAUACAUCAGUUGCAAACGGAAUAGGAUCGACUGGCUCGAACUGUGCCCAAAAAAGAUUUAAGAUCGAGCGAGAAGAGGAAGACCAGGCACCGAGGGACUGUAGAGUUCCGCCACCGCCUGUUCAUAAUGUCCCGGUCAGAAAAAGAGUCAAAGUCGCCUUUGUAAAAGAUUCAAGCUCAGGAUUUCGCGGCGAUUUGUGUGGCGCAGAUCGCAAAUAAAACGUUAACGAGAGUUAUCUGUUUGUCAAACGAUUGACUGAUCAUUUUGUUUUAAGUAUACGCACAUAGUGUAAAUAUUUCUUUUAAGCUAUUAUUUGAUAAUAAUUGAUGUCGUACAAUACGAAAUUAACUAAAUAAUUGUUUAAAUCUCUCGCGCGUUAAUAUCUUGAGUUAAUAUAUCAAAGAUUUAUUUUAAAUUACUUAAAUACCAAAGAUAUUUUAUUCUAUAGCUAAAUUAUUAUAUUAUGUAUAUACAUAUUUAAUUUUGUAAUUCAUUUGAAUAUUAAUAAAAAUCCCUUCUU